AUGAAUUUAUUGUUAAAUUUUUCGCGCAAAGACGACGUAAAUCUUCGUACUGGAUCUAGACAACAGCCUAGUUGGAGUGUAGAUUCUUCUCUUGCAGAAAUUGCUUCUCUCCAAUUAGAAUUUCGUGAUUUAGCCAGACUUGUUGAGAAUGAUACUUACGAGACAUUAUCUUUUCGUGUCUCAGAACAUAUUCACGACCAACCUUGUAAUAAACAAUUUGGGUUAUGUCCAAUGUUUAUUUCCCCAACUGAUGGACGUUUUCGAGAACCUGGCACUUUAACUUUUGGUGCUAGAGCUGAUUCUUAUUAUGAGUAUUUGUUGAAACAAUGGUUACAAACUGGGAAAACAAUUGACUGGUUAGAGAAAGAUUAUAGAAGGGCAAUGGAUUCUAUGCAAAAUAAAUUGUGGAAAGGGACUGUUUCUGGGAAAUUAUAUUUUGUUGGAGAACAAACAACGGAAUCAUCAAAUUCUUUAAUUAAAUUUUCUCCAAAAAUGGACCAUUUAGUUUGUUUUCUUGCUGGCACUUUAGCACUUGGUACUCAACAUGGAAUGCCCUCUAUACAUUUGGAAAUUGCUAAAAAUCUUUCUCAAACAUGUCAGGCAAUGUAUGAAAAUCCUACAGGAUUAGGACCUGAAAUUGCUUGGUUUAAUAUUAUUGAGAAUGAAGAAAAUAAAAAGACUACUGAUAAUGAAGAAACCAAACUUCCUCCUGAUUUAUAUAUUAAAUCGAUGGAUGCUCAUAGUCUUCUCCGUCCGGAAGCAUUUGAAGCUUGGUUUUAUUUACAUAGAAUAACUGGUGAUUCUAUAUAUAAAGAAUGGGGAUGGAAUGCAUUUAAAGCAAUUGAACAAUAUGCAAAAGUUGAGAGUGGAGGAUAUUCUUCUGUUCAAAAUGUAAAGAGAAUACCUGUACAUUUAAAGGAUAUGAUGGAAUCUUUUUUCUUAGGAGAGUCAUUAAAAUAUCUUUAUUUGCUUUUUGCUGAUGAUCAACAAAAUAAUCCAGAUAUACCUCUUGAUAAAUGGAUUUUCAAUACAGAAGCACAUCCAUUGCCAGUCAGGACACAUUGA